AUGUUGGACCGCCCUUUUGUCAACUGCUUUUGGGGAGACACCAAUAAUGGGUUUCUGGUGGUUCGAACCCGUAUCCACGAUGGUUUGAGGACUCUCCAGGAACUUUUAGAUUAUUAUCACGACAGAAUUCUGGUUGAAAAAGAAUACGUAAAAAGAUUAGAACGACUCAAUUCCAAAAUUCCUUUGGGAUCUCAUGAAACUGGGAGUCUCAAGAAGGCCAUCGAUAGCCUUGCGGUGGAAAACCGCCAUAUGGCCCAGUAUAGUGACAAAUUUGCUAAAAGUGUGGCACAACAGAGCUACGAUAGACUCAACAAUUUCACAUCAAUGUACACGAAAAAGGUGUUGAAGAUAGAGAAUCACAUGUCCAAGCUCGCCACCAAGCGCAAUGAUGCUUUCAAGCAGGUGGAAGCUUCGAGAACAAAGUAUCAAGAGGAAUGUGCUCAGAUUAAGCUGCUUCGUCUUUUGGUGCAAACCACCUGGGGAAAAGAAUUGGAGAAAAACGAAGCCAAAUUACGCAAAUUGACAGGUCUGAACUCGUCUCAGAAGAACUAUGAGUUGGCGUUGGUCAAGUAUCGUGAAUUAGACGAAAUUUAUGUCCGAGACUGGAGCCUCGCUCUCCAGGACAUUUACCAGCUUGAGAUCGAACGGAUUCAAACUUGCAAAAUCAACUGUUUUGGGUUUUGUAACCACGUCGCCACGCUCUGCGUCGACAAUGACCAAGCGGUGGACAUUGCUCGGCUGGCGUUUGCUCUGGUAACACCUCCAAGUGAUCUUGAUGAUUUUGCUCGAAAUUAUGGAACCGGUGACAAAAUCUACAGCGCUCCAAAAUACGUCGAUUAUAUGAGUGGGUACGAUGAGGAUGAGCCCACGUUCAAAUUGGCGGAGUUUGACACCCCGGACUGUAAAGAUGUCAUGAGAACGGUGCUGAAGAAGGAACAUCGACUGCCCACGAAAACCAUCAAAGAGCUUCCCCAGCUGCCACAGCAAAGAGUAGAAACCACCCCACAAAACAUUAGACCUUUACGAGUGCUGCCGCAACUGCUGCCAAAACUGCCAAUUAUUUCAGAAAUUCCGAUUGUGCAAAACGCUCCAAAUUUGCAGCCAAAACUGCCCCAGCACAACCGCAAUGGCGGCUCCGUCAACAGUGCCUACGGACUGGGCCAUGAGGACUUGUUUUCGCAUAAAGAGGACAGGUUUGCUGGGCUGAAUGGGUCGUCAAACUACUCCAAUUUGACGUCGUACAGCUCGACUUCCGGUAAUCUGGAGCGUCACUGGGCUUCGCCCCGGCGGAAAGAAAAGCAGUUGUCACAGUAUCAAGACCAAAUCAACCGCCAGUCACAAGAAUUGCCGGCAGCGCCUCGUCGCAGUGAACCAGAAACCAAAAAAGUGCCGCUCACUAAAGAUUUUUCCAUUGACUUUAUAGCCAAAGCUUUGGAAGAUUUGAACGCUGGAGGAGACGGUGAUGUUUCCAGGUUCAGACGAUCACUUCGUGGCAGCUCAUCGAAUGACGCCAAGGCUACAACAGCACCUAGCACCCCGUACAACGCACAAGAAAUGGAACCAGCAGUUCGCCGAGAAAGCAUCGCUUUCCGCACCCCAGGACCCAGACGAACACGAGCGGACCUCGAUGGCUCACCAGUAAAACCACGGCCCAAACUGAUGAUAGACACAACCAACGACCUGCUUGCAACUUGUAUAGUGCGCCAGGCCAGUGACGAUACCCUCACUGCAACGCCUGGAGCGCUGCCCACGAGACGAUCUUUGCUGAGAACUCCUUCCAGAAAGAUGAAAAAUCUACACUCGAUAAUAGCCAAAGUUACACCGCAUAGUCGACAGCCAUAUGUGUCCAAGGCAAGAGCCCGUUACAGUUACAAAUCUCAGCAGCACGGCGAACUUUCUUUCAAGAAAGGAUGGUUGAUGUACGUGAUCCACAAGCAAGAAGACAACUGGUUUGUGUGCGAACUUACUGGCACGGACACGGCAGAUGGGUCCGUGGGCCUUGUUCCGGGGAACUAUGUUACGGAGGGAGAGUAUUUUUGA